UCCACCUGGAUACAAUUUAUUGAGAACUUCACUUCUUCAAAAAGAAAAAGCUCAUAUUGGAAAGCUUUUAGAGCCAACAAAAGCUGCUUGGAAAUAAAAGGGAGUUAGUAUUUGUAGUGAUGGGUGGUCGGAUGUGCAAAGAAGACCGCUAAUUAAUAUCAUGGUUGUCUGCGAAAGUGGUCCUAUGUUUUUGAAGGCGAUAAAUUGUGAAGGUGAGUACAAGGAUAAAGCUUUCAUCUCUAAGUUGCUCAUUAAUACCAUAAAUGAAGUGGGACAUCAGAAUGUUGUCCAAGUGGUCACCGAUAAUGCUCCUGUUUGCAAAGCUGCUGGGCUACUCGUUGAGGCAAAGUACCCACACAUAUUUUGGACUCCUUGCGUUGUGCACACAUUGAAUCUUGCUUUGAAGAAUAUUUGUGCACCGACUGACUCUCUACAAAACAAAGAAGCCUUUGAUGAAUGCAAGUGGAUAGCAGAAGUAGCAAAUGAUGCUUCAAUGAUCAAGAAUUUUAUCAUGAAUCACAAUAUGAGAUUAUCCAUGUUCAACGAUAACUCAAACUUGAAGAUGCUAUCACUUGCGGAUACUCGAUUUGCUUCUACGAUCAUUAUGCUUAAAAGGUUCAGACAAAUCAAGAAAUGUCUUCAAAACAUGGUGAUUAGUGAAAGAUGGGAUUUGUACAAGGAGGAUGAUGUAGUGAAGGCCAGAGUAAUGAAGUACAAGAUAUUGGAUGAUCAAUUUUGGGAACAAAUUGAUUAUAUACUUGCUUUCACAAGUCCAAUUUAUGAGAUGCUAAGGAAAGCAGACACUGAUCAGCCUUAUCUUCAUUUAGUUUAUGAGUGGUGGGAUGAAAUGAUAGAAAAAAUGAGAGUUGCUAUCUCAAAGGGGCCUCAUAGUGGAGAUUCAAAGUUUUAUGAUGUUGUUCAUAAUAUUCUAGUGGAGCGAUGGAAUAAAAGCAAUACACCUCUUCAUUGUUUGGCGCAUUCUUUGAAUCCAAGGUAUUAUAGCCAUGAGUGGCUCCAAGAAUCUCCUAAUCGUCUUCCUCCUCAUAGGGACAUCGAAGUUUCAAGGGAAAGGAAAAAGUGCAUUGAAAGAUACUACUCCAAUUCAUCCGAACGAAGAAGUGUUAAUGAGGAGUUUGCCUCUUUUUCAGCUGCCAUUGAUGAUUUUUCUGAUAAUGAUUCAAUGCGUGAUCGAGGUUUAAUGUCUCCAACUAAGUGGUGGGUUAUCCAUGGUGCUUCUACACCAACUCUUCAAAGUUUAGCUUUAAAGCUACUUGGGCACCCAUCUUCUUCUUCUUGUUGUGAGAGAAAUUGGAGCACCUACAAUUUCAUACACUCAUUGAAGAGGAACAAGAUAACACCACAAAGAGCGGAAGAUUUGGUAUAUGUUCACUAUAACUUUCGUCUUUGAAAAAAAUUAGGAGUCCACAUUAUAAUGAAGGAGAAAGUAAGAUGUGGGAUGUUGAAGCAGAUGGGUUUGAUUCCAUGGACAUGGAGGGUGCUGCUAUCCUUGAAAUUGCCAAUUUGUCUCUUGAUGAACCUGAAUUGGAGUCGGUCUUAUUUACUGACGAAGGCGGUGUUGGCGAUGAGACCGAUAUGGAUGUUUGAUUUUUUUUACAGUUUUACUUGUUUAUUUAAGAUGUAUUUGGUGUGUUGCAUUUUGUUAUGUUUACUUUUUGUUUGUAAUGGAUAUUAUGGUUGAUCUAAUAUGAACA